AUGAGUGGUGUCUAUAAGAUAGUUUGGUUGCGAGGUUGUUAUGGACUGGAACCGGAGGCAUUUGUUUUGACUGUUGGCUCUGGGACUUGGAGAAGCACUGGGAAAUGUAGGUACCGUUUCAUGUACAAACAUGGGAUUUGUCUUAGUGGGUUUCUUCAUUGGAUUAAUUAUUCAAGGACUAUGAUAUGUACCUUUGAUCUUGAAAGUGAGGAUUUCCAAGAGUUACCCCUACCCCCUGGUUGGGAUUUGGAAAGCCUUAAGAAAUCUGGAUUGGACUUUAGGGUUUUGAGAGGUUGCCUCUCGGUAACUGUACGCUCGAUGGAGAGGAUGAGUAUUUGGGUGAUGAAGGAGUAUGGGGUUAAGGAGUCUUGGAGCCUAGAGUUUAGUAUUGUAGACAUCGUAUACACCUCUUACGUGUUGAAGUUUGGGGAUGGGCAGCUCUUAUUGCUUCAUGGUGGGAAAUUGCUGGCUUAUGCUUGUGGUUCCAAGGGUUUUGUGGAUGUUGAGUUUGAUGCGAUACGACACUUGAGAGAUGAAUGUGUCCACAUUCCAAGCUUUGCUUCGCCUAAAAUCAUAUUAUCAGGGGUUAGACCUGGAGCUCCAGAUCGAGAGUAUUAA